GUUUUUUCAUUUAUUUCCGAACAUUUGCGAGUGAAAUCACCAGCUACGUUUUUUGUCCGCGUAAAAAUAGACGGGUUUUUUAAUAAUUAUUUUUCACACAAUUCAGUACAGUUACGCAAGAAAACAAUAAUACAAGAUGGUGGAUAAAAUUGAAAUGAGUUUGGAUGAUAUUAUCAAAUCCAAUCGUGGACAAAAUAAAAAAGUUGGUGGAAAUCGCGGUGGUGCAGCAGCAAAUAGACGCGGUGGCGGUGCAAAUCAGGGAGCACGUCGUGGUGCUGGCCGUCGUGCACCAAUUUCACCACGUAAACCUGGCGGUGGCGGUGUAAUUAAAGGUCGCGGAGCUGGAGGAAUUCAAAAAGCCAAAUUCUCAAGGGGCGAUGUAAACAGCGCUUGGAAACAUGACAUGUACGAUGGACCUAAACGUGGUAUUUUGAAAUCAACGGACUCGGCAAAGCUGUUAGUAUCAAAUUUGGAUUAUGGCGUAUCGGAUUCGGACAUCAAGGAGUUAUUUACCGAAUUUGGGCCGGUGAAGAAGGCCGCCGUGCAUUAUGAUCGUUCGGGCAGAUCACUGGGCACCGCUGAUGUUGUCUAUGAAAGGCGCGCCGAUGCUUUGAAAGCCAUAAAACAGUACAAUGGUGUGCCUUUGGAUGGCAGACCAAUGAGUAUACAAUUUCUGACUGAUGCCUCAGCCGUCACUGCAACCAGAGCACCUGUGCGCAACAAUGCUGGUCCCAGUCCCAACCGAAGAAGACAACCCGUUGGUGGAAAUAGAAGAGGAGGUGCCGCUGGUGGUGGUGGGCCACGUCGUGGAGGUCCUGCUAAUCGUAAGGCCGGAGGAAAUCCCCGUGCUGCCAAUAAAACAACACCCACAGCUGAAGAGCUUGAUGCCGAAUUGGAUGCCUAUGUCAACGAUAUGAAAAUAUAGAUUAAGAAUUAUUUAGUCAUUUUAUUUGGUAUUUCUAAACGUUUCUAAAUAUGUAUAAGGCAGCAGGUAUCAUCAUCACCAUUGAAACAUCUCAACAAUCUAUGUACAGAUAUAUAUCAAAUAAUAAGAAAAGAAUGGCGUCGACACGGAUAUAAGAAGACACCACAAUUACCUACCUAAACCAUGCGAUGAUCCUGGAAGACAAUUAUGAACGGGCCACCUCACUUAUCAAUCAACAAUCUAUCACUCACUCACUUCUCCUCCUCCUUCCUCUUCUACUUACAAAACAAAAUAGUAGUCCACUAUGUUUUAGUCUUAAUUUACUACUUCCCCCAUUUGUAUUUGAAUAAUUACAAAAUAAUCUUAAUCUUAUCAAAUGCAAUCCCUUUUUUUAUUAUUCUGCAUCCAUAUUAUCAUAUUUAAGUUUAACCAUAACAAA